CUGGUUCCAGCUGGUAUCAGCUAUCACUUUUGCAUCUUCUUUAAAUAUAUAUAUACUUGUGUCUGGAUAUAGAACCACCAGAAAGAUCUCCUUUUUGUCUCUUCAGGAGAUGUGUUGGAUGAAAAUGAUCUGUCUUGUGUGUGGACCCCUUGUCUCGGAAGUCAUACGCUGAUAACUUAGGGAAGACAUUGCUCUUGCAAGCCUACUUGCCUUCAAGGGCAGCGAGGUUCAUGAACCAUCUAGGUACCUAUGUCGGCAUCGUGUGCGUGUUUAUAUGUUGACUAAACAAACAUCUCAAUGAUUCAGCGUCUUGCAGUCAAAAGGGAAGUGCAGAAUUGGUUCUAAUACCUAGUUGAGCCAAAUAGCUACUUCGGGGUUGUCUUUGAGCAUUUUGCUGUGCUAGGAGAAGCAUAAAUAGAAGAAAUGGUCCUCCUCAACAUGUCUCAUUUCCAUCAUCAGCACACACCAGAUACAACAACGACAACACAGACACCCAAAGCUCCGCCAUCAUGAAGUUUCUCAGCGUUAUCACCCCGGUCCUCUUGGUCUUGAGCGGGCCCAGCAUCGCCUCCCCGACUCCUGAACCCGAGUACCCUACCAUCAGCAACACCACCGUGGUUGACGAGUUGCUUGCUAAGCGGGCCACCUGUUCCGGCUCCCUCAGUACCUGGACCUCAUCCUCUACAACAUGCACAGGAACUGCCGGUCAAGUCAUCACCAACCCGAACAGCGGCCAGUGCUACACCCACGGUUCUGGCGCCGCCCAACUUUUCAGACGUGCUUUGUGGAGUGGUUCCUCGGCCACUGUUACCUUCUAUUCGUCGACCAACUGCAAUCCCGGCACUGUCGUUUCCACCACCACCACUGGCCUUCUUUGCUGGGCCGGAUGGGAGUUUUGGAGUUUCAGAGUCACAUGCUAGUUGGUGACGGAAGUGGAAUGAGAGGAAGGGGUGCUUCGAUCAAGUAGCUGUGGUGCUUGGUUUCGUACGGCUUUGGGGGCCAUCGGGAACCUUGUUGUCGAGUCGCCGAUGGGGGGAGAUUGGUGGAAUAACCACCUAGGUACCUCAUGUACCUUUUUUCACUUAGGUCAAGGUGUGGUCUCGGGAACUGCAGCCCAGACUACCCCACACAUUCGUUAAAAUCGACUCUUUGAUGCUCGGGCAUUGUCGCUGUCCUCUUUUCAUUGCUCUCAACUGGACGAGGUUGAUUGCCAAGCAACCACCAGCCAGAAAAUAUACAGCGCGGUUAUUCAUGUCCAU